AUGGGUGUUGCACCUACAGCCGAUCCAGACGACGACGAUUUAUCGUUUGAAAUGGUCACUAAUGAUCAAAGUACAAAUGAAGUUGUAAUACAAAAUGAAAAUUUAGGAAGACAACAAGAUCAAUCGAAACGAAUACGAAGAAGAAAAGGUCAGAUUAUUAUCAUGGAUAAAAACCCAACUGGUGGUGUUAUGGCACGUGUUGUUAAAAUUCUUGGCCGUACUGGCAGUCAGGGACAAUGUACACAAGUACGUGUCGAAAUUAUUGAUACAUCAUCAUCGAAACGAUCGAUUAUUCGUAAUGUUAAGGGUCCAGUACGUGUUGACGAUGUACUCGUUCUAUUAGAAUCUGAACGUGAAGCACGUCGACUUCGAUAA